UUAUGUUGGAAAAUCAUGGUUUUAUUUAUUCUGGUACUUACUUUCUCUAUAUUCCUAUUUUACUAUCUUAUUACUCAGUUUCAGUGGAAGCAGCUCACUGAAGAAUCACCAUCAUCAUCACCAUCAGGAGUGCCGGUGCUUCCCCCUGGCUGGUGUUCGAGUAAGCUUAGUCAUCCGAGUGCUCCUCGCCAGCCCCUACUCCAUUAUAAACACACAAUGUUUGCCCGUACAGCACACACACUGGCCCGCCAGGUAGCUCGGGCUGGUACCAGGGCUUACUCUGAUGCCCCAAUGGCUUUCACCUUUGCCUCCCAGAGCCAGGUCUUCUACAAAGAGGCCAAUGUAAGGCAAGUGGAUGUACCUUCCUUCUCUGGGAGCUUUGGUAUCCUGCCGUCCCAUGUCCCAUCCCUGGCCGUACUCAAGCCUGGAGUGCUGACUGUAUUUGAGGAAGCUGGCACCAGCAAGAAGUACUUUGUCAGCUCGGGCAUUGUUACCAUCAAUCAGGACUCCUCGGUCCAGGUCUUGGCAGAGGAAGCCGCUGCAGUGGAGGAGCUGGACUUGGCUUCAGCGCGAGACAUUCUUUCUAAGGCUCAGUCAGCUGCCUCCACAGCAGCCACUGAAGAGGCUAAGGCUGAGGCGCUCAUCACUGUUGAGGUGGCUGAGGAACUGGUCAAGGCUGCUGAGUCUGGUUAACGAUUCUAAUCACCUUUGCUGUCUUCUGGAUAGGGAAGGAGAAGGGGAAUCAAGAUGGUUAUUCUAGUGCUGUGCUGCCAUUGGUCCAUUCACUUCAUCAUGUAGUUUCUUUCAUAUGAUGUUUAGUUUAUUAUAGUCUUUCCUUUGCCUUGUAAUCAAUGGCAGACCCUGUAAGAGGAAUGUUUGCUACUGAUUUUAUUUAUAAUGUCAGUUGUAAUCAUUCCAAAUAGCUGUUUACAAACAAAAUUUUUUUUUGAGAUCUGUAUGUUAUUUUCUCCUCAACAUUGUAGGGAAGUAUACUCAUAAUUUUUCCACAGAUACAUGUUUAGAAAGUUUUAUUGCUGUGAUCCAUUAAGAAUAGAAUGAGAAAAUGCCUGUAGUUACCAUAAAGACAUUUAACCAAAAUUUUUUGUGGGAAAAUAAUACUUAGUCUUAUGAAGAGUAACACUGGAUUUUUUCUGAAGAAAGGGCAACCUACCAUAAAAAAACGGUAAUAGUGAUCAUGAUGUCAAUGUAUGAGUACAGAGAGAAGAAAAAGACAAGUAAUAAAUUAUAUGAACUGUAUGGUAGUAACCAGAAGUGAGGGCUUUUGGCAGCAGCACUUGCUCCUACACACAUGCAGCACACAGGUCAGUGCCCAGUGGUGUGUUCUUCAUUCCACACAACACCAUUGCCAUUGGGACAAAGGGAUGGGAAAGGCACUUGUGAGUAAUACAAAACACCUGACUAUGUGGCAGUGUAUUGUGCGUGUAAAGUCUGUAAAUAAAUUAGUAAUGUUUGAA